AUUUCUAUCGUGUAAAAAAAAUUCAGGGCAGAAUGACGAAAUUUAAUUUCCGGAUGGCUCGAUCGACACCGCCAACUCUACACCCAACGCCACGUCGCCCAACCAGCCGCAUGCUUAUGCGACGAGUCAAUAUUACAUGCAAGUCUUCGCCACGUCUUCCAUCUCUCUUGCAACGUGCCAUCUCCUGAUGCAUGUCUAAGCUCUGCCAUUUUAUACAUCCACAAACACGCGAUGCACCCCAACACACUAAUUGUCUCCUCUUUCUUCGUCGUGCCCCUCAAAUCACUCGAUUAAUAAUUAAUAUGAGCCAGGGACAACCGAGGCGAUCUGGUAUUGGUCAACGCAGGGCAGUCGAUGGGAUAUCCACCUCUUCCAAGAAGGUCACAAUAGGAGAGGCACUGGAGGCGACCGCUGCGACGGCCGGCGACAAGCCUGUGGACGCCAGCGACGCCGCCGCCAUCCAAGCCGCCGAGGCGAUAGCCACGGGCAUGAACGCCAUCUCGGGAGGCGUCGCCGCCUCCGCCGCAGCCGCAGCUGCGGCUAAUGCGUCAGUUGACCGCGACGAGGACAAGACCAAGCUCUGCGAAGUCGUCGCGGAUGCGAAUAUGAGGCUGACGGACAAAGAGGCAACGAGGGAAGACGCGGAAAGGGUGGCGGCGGCGGAGAUGAGGAACAAACCCGAUCUACGAACUCAUCCCGGCCGCGUCGGGGCUUCCGUUCUCGCCGCCGCGAAGCUCAAUUAUGACCGUUGACUUUGCGAUAUAUAGACUUCUCCGAUGUUUUCCUUUAUACAUAGCUGUGUGCUAGCUUUUGAAUAACACUUACUUAACAUAAAUUAUAUGGGUAAUGCUAAAUGGCCAGAAUCUGGUCAACUAGAAUC